AUGUCAAAAGCUUCGUUUAGACGAAUAGCUCACGAUAAUACAGAUACGGGCAUCUUAGAUGAUCCCUCCCACCAUCUAACAGGGCCUUUUCUUCCACCGACUCCACCUGGAAUCCUCACACCGGCGAGAACGGCUUCACCGGUUUCUAGCCCAGUGUCACCCUGGAUUAGAUGGGCCAUAGAUCCUUUGUUCUCGUUUCAGAUUGUCAUCAUUCCAAUUGUUGCCUAUUUUAACUGGGAGCUCAUUACACCACUUCUCAAAGAAAAACUACGACCUGUCCUCGAAACGUACACCAACUACUCGUUCUCUGAAAUACCUAACCCUUUUGCUCCGUUCUUCCAACUUUCCAACCUAGUCGCAUCGUCACCCCCGGAUGAUCCUCGCUAUGCCAAGAGCUGGGGAGACCUUUUGUUUAUAGCCUACCACAUUGUCUUAUUCUCUCUUGUGAGAAACAAGGCAGGAUGA